GGGGUUGCACAUAUCAGACAUGUGCAGAUACUUCCUCGCCGAUCGUGUCCUGUGGCGAUGGUUUAAAAGGGAACCAUGUUUUCAUAGGUUGGCGGCUUGGCGCUAUGUUUUGAUUUAAACUCAGAAACCAACCACCAUUGCCGAUGCCUUUUCUUCUUCUUCUUCUCUCUUCUACAAACCAAGCUUCAUCGCCAUGAACAAAGAAAACGAGUUGAAUUCGCCGAUUCCGCGAAUUGAAGAAGAUUCACUAACACCCGAACAAAGAGCUCGAAUUUCCCUCAGGUUCAGAGCUGCUAAAGCCCUUCUUUCUCGCAAGAAGCCUCGCUUUUCCACUCCUCCUUCUGCCCCUCUCAAGACUUCAAGUAAAAUCGGUAACAACUUCCCAACUUGGGCUCCUAAGGUAGAGAGGGUUCCUCUCAAGGAGAUAAAUUCGGUGUGUCUAUCUGCAUCAAGGGUAUCCGAAAGAAGUGCCAGUAAAUAUGUUGGAGCUUCUUCAACUGUGAGUAAUUUUGGGGAUAGGUUAUUUGAUAGUUCUACUACAAGCGAGAGCAAGGGGUGCUUCAGGGAUGAGGGGAUAUCUACUCCAGUCAUUGCACAAGUGCAAAGAUCUGAAUUCUUUAGUAUAAAUCAGUGUUCCCCAGUUUCUUGUUCUCUUGACGACGAUUUUGACUCUUCAAUUUUUGAAGCAAUUGAUUUGUUGUGUGAUGGGACUCAUGGAAGUUCAGUUAAAAAAAUUGAGAGGGGAGUAGAUACCAAUCAGGAUCAUAUCCCGAACAAUGAAGCUGAUGAUGGGAAUGACUCCAAUGCGAGGUCCGUAUCUCAUACCAAGCUUGAAAUUCCACAGGGUGUUCAAGGUGAUGUUUCACAACAUCUCAUAAGGAAAGAAAACAUAACACACGCGAAGGAGUUCUCAGGCAUGCCAGAAUCUUAUUCUAAAUAUUUGGAGUCACUAAAUGAGGAUCAAUUGGACGCUGCUUCUACUGAUGCCUCAACACCAUUGAUGGUUGUUGCUGGUCCAGGAAGUGGAAAGACGUCGACUAUGGUUGGACGUAUAUUGAUGCUGCUAAAUCAGGGCAUUGGUCCAUCCCACAUUCUGUCAAUGACUUUCACAACAGCAGCGGCUUCUGAAAUGAGAGAUCGAGUUGCAGUAGUAGCUGGAAAGGAAGUUGGCAAAGCAUUAACCAUCAGCACCUUUCAUUCAUUUUCUCUGCAACUCUGCCGUGCUCAUGCCGAUAAGUUGGGUCGCACAUCAGAAUUCUUAAUUUAUGGGCAUGGGCAACAAAGAAGAGCUGUUGUUGAGGCAGUUCGUUUAACCGAAAGCAAUAGUGGCAUACAAAGUCUUGACAAUUGUGAGAAAACGAACUCUUCCGUGGAUAUAAAUAUCAAGGAUUUCAAAGAGAAGUCCCAAAAAUGGCAGAAAUUUGUGACUCAGGCUAAAGCAUCUGGUAAGACGCCAGAUGAAUGUCGUCAAAAGGGUGAUCAAUUUGGAGCUACAGUCCUGAGCAAUUACAAUGACAUAUUAAGAUCUUGUAAUGCUCUAGAUUAUCAUGAUUUGAUCAGCUGCUCAGCUAAGCUGCUAACUGAUUAUCCUGAAGUCCUUGAGGAAUGUCAAGCAUCAUGGAAAGCCAUCAUUGUAGAUGAGUUUCAGGAUACAAGUUCUAUGCAAUAUGGCCUUUUGAAGCUUCUGGUAUCCCAUGGACAAAUAACUAUUGUUGGUGAUGAUGAUCAGUCCAUUUUUAGUUUUAAUGGGGCUGACAUUUCUGGAUUUGACUCAUUUCGAAAAGAUUUCCCCUGCCACAAAGAGGUACGGCUAAAGAAAAACUAUCGAUCUACUCGCUGUAUUGUUGAGGCUGCUGCUUCUCUAAUUAAGAAUAACGUAAACCGAUGCCAACUGAAACAAGCACUUACGGAUAAUUCUUCUGGUUCUAAGAUAACAUUAAAGGAGUGUUACACUGAGAGUGCACAAUGUGCAUAUGUUGUAGAUAAAAUAUUGGAAGCUGUGUUGAAUUCUUCAGAAACUAAAUGUUCUUUUGGAAAUAUUGCAAUUCUUUACAGGAGGCAGGUCUCAGGCAGAGUAUUCCAAGCAACCUUCCGUGAUAGGAAAAUUCCUUUUAAUGUCCAUGGUGUUGCCUUCUAUAGGAAAAAGGUAAUAAAAGCAAUCUUGGCUAUGGCUAAGACAGCUUUGCCUGGGUGUGACGAUUGCCCGUUUCGCCAAGCAUUCAAAACUUUGUUGCCAUAUGACAAAGAAGAGAAAAAGAAGGUUAUAGAACACAUUGAUAAAAUAUCAACUAUAAGGAAGUGCAGCUUUAUUUCAGCUGCUUCAGACAUAUUUAAUGCAAAGAUAUCGGGUACCUUCAAGAGAACUCAACUCAGCCAAGGAAGAAAAGUGCUGCUGACACUAGAGAUGAUAUCGAAACUUGUUUAUCGGGAACAAUCAAUAUCAUCCGUCAUUACAUCUAUUGCGAACCUCCUCCCUCAGAAAUACCUUCUUGAACAACGGGCAGUAAUUAGUGCUGAUGGAGGAAAAUUACUGAAUGAGGACAAUGACCUCAGAUCUGUUCUUCAAUAUUUACUAGAUGAUGUAACUGAUUUUUUAUCUUCCGAACUUGUUCCAAGACAACCUUUACUUGACAAUAUUGUGGAAAACAAAGGUUGCAUUCAUAUGCUUCAGGCUUUUGUGGACUAUAUAUCUGAAAGAGAGAAGGAAAAUUUCCGUUCAAGGAGACAAGAUAAUCAAGAUUCCGUCACACUGACUACCAUUCACCAGUCAAAAGGUUUGGAAUGGGACAUUGUAUUCAUAGUGAAGGCAAAUGAUUCGGAAAUUCCACUCUUACAUGAGCAUAAUGGCAUUGCCAAGGAUAGAGGAAAUUCUCUUGAGGAAGAACGGCGACUAUUGUAUGUGGCUAUGACUCGUGCUCGAAAAAAGCUUUUUAUCUUGUAUGUGACAGUGGACUCAAACUGGCAGGUGCUUCAUCCUUCUCGCUUUCUUCAAGAAAUUCCUGCGCAUCUACUAGAGGUUCAGGCUGACUUGAAUUUAGCUGUAAAGGAAGUACCAUCUGUCAAAAUCCGGCCUGAAGUUGUGGAACUCGGGGGAGCUGUAAUGGGAAAUAAUUCUCCUAGCUUCAAAAUAGUUGAAGUGUCGGAUGAUACAAGAAAUAUAGAAGCAUCCGAGGAGCUGAGAAACUUAGAAUCGUUCAGUGGAAAUAGUUUUUUGAAAAAGUUUGAUGUGGAGGACCGAGCACUUGUUUCACGUUUAUUUCAUCAAUGGGCCAGGAAAAAGGCCUUUCAAGACCCCAAGAGGUUACUUGACAAGGUCAACUUUGUAAUCAACGAACGUUUGAGAGUCAAGAAAGGGAACAACAAGGAUAUUUUGGUUGCACUAAAGUCAUUCUUGAAAUGUGAUGAAGCAUUUCAAUUUGCUGACUAUGUUAUAAAGUGGGAACAGAUACCAUCUGACAAGCGCGUGCACUUGACAAGGGAAAGACAGGAACAUUUCCAGAAACAGCGAAUGGAGACUGCAAUGGGAUCAUCAUCGCCAACUUCAAAGCAGAUUGGUUAUCUGCAUAGCUUGGGCUGUACAAUCGUCCCUGAAUCAAAGCUGCAUGCUUCGCGGUUGAUAGAGCAAUACAAGACUCUUUAGGGACUAUGGAAAUUUGUUGUCUUGAUUAAUUACAGAAGACAUUGAGGUCCAUCCAGACGUCCAGUUAAUCUCACUGUUAGGCGAAUUAAGUAUGUGGUCACACUUUCGUAAAUAUGUUGAAAUCAUAUACAAUCUAGAAUAUUUCAUAUAAAAUGUAAUUGAUUUUCUUUUAAAUAAUAUUAUAAUAAGAAAUUAAUAACCAGACUGUUUAUUAUGUAUAAAAAAUAUACAAGUAUAUGUUUUCCAAUAUGCUUCGUAUAUACUUACGACAAUGCCCGUUGAUUUACUUCUUUAGCCAAUCAAGAGAAUUGGUUAACAAUUUUUCUAGAAGAAAGUGGCAAAACCAAAAAAAUUCCUUUGGUGGACAA